AUGGCGGUUUGCCCACCAUUCAACUUUCUCACGCUUCACUAUGCGUAUUUCCUUGCGACGCCAUUGAUCUGUAGCGCCAUUUUCUGGGGUGCCGCAGAGCCGUCUCGGAGCAUUGCCUAUGUCGAUGCAUUGUUCAUGUGUGUCAGUGCUAUGACAGGAGCAGGAUUGAAUACGGUCGACCUAUCCUCUUUGAAUAGCUUCCAGCAGUCGAUCCUUUUUGCUCUUCUCAUGCUUGGACAUGCGAUCCUCAUUUCGAUCGUUGUGCUCUUUGUCAGAAAGCGUGCUUUUCAAUUGAAAUUCAAUGGAAUUUCGUAUAAGCGUGCACUUGAACUGUCAUCCGGCAAUAUCCCACUCAAUGAGCAUGCAUCUGAAUCCAGCUACCAGAAAAAGAGUCUGGCAGAUGUUGAAACGGGAGAUCUGCGUGGUGGAUUGGCCUCAAGUAAAGGGGACAAGCUCACAGUGAUGACCAAUGUAGCUCCUGCCGAAACAGUCUCUAAUCUGGAUGUUGACCCUGUUCGAUGGGUCGAAGAUGAUGAUCAGAUCACCAUCGGUGGCACAAAAGCUCGACAGCAUCAUCACCAUCGAGUAUUUCCAAUGACAGGCGUUGGAGCUCGACAUGAUUUGAACAACCAUCCUCAGGAUGUCCCGCCGAACUUACCACUUGCAAAAGAUACUGAGCUGUCCGGACUGAAGGGGAUGCUCAGAGGAACACAGAAAUACUUUGCCUCGAAAGGACUUAUUUCUCGCAACUCACAGUUCCACGGGCUCACUCCCGCCGAGCGCGAGAGGCUCGGUGGGGUUGAGUAUAGGGCGGUAUCGUUUUUAGCAGUUAUUGUUUCACUCUACUGGAUCAUGUUCAUUAUCAUUGGCAUGAUAGGCAUGGGGGGUUGGCUGGAAGCAAAUCACCCAGAGAUUUCUCGAUCAAAUGGCCUGUCGCCCUUUUGGACGGGUGCAUUCUUUGCAGUAUCUGCAUUUGUUAACAGCGGCAUGUCUCUUCUGGAUACAAAUAUGACUGCAUUGCAAAAGAAUGCAUACCCGCUUCUUACCAUGGGAAUGUUGAUUCUGGCCGGAAAUACACUCUACCCAUGCUUCCUGCGGUUCAUCAUUUGGACCCUGAGACGCCUUAUACCAAACCAACCAUCAUGGGAAACAUGGAAAAUCACUCUCGACUUUGUGUUGGACCACCCCAGAAGAGUGUAUACAAAUCUCUUCCCUGCGCGUCACACGUGGUACUUACUAGGAACUAUUAUCAUCCUGAACGGCAUCGACUGGGCCGGAUUUGAGAUUCUUGCAAUCGGAAAUCAGGAAAUUGAGAAUCUGCCAAGAGGCUAUCGUGUUUUGGAUGGACUGUUUCAGGGAUUAGCUGUUCGCUCUGGAGGAUUUUACGUCGUUACUAUCUCUGACCUUCGUCAGGGGUUGCUCGUUUUAUAUGUGCUUAUGAUGUAUGUUUCAGCAUUCCCAGUGCUAGUCACAAUAAGAAACACAAACGUCUACGAAGAACGUUCGCUGGGUAUCUACGCCCACGAUGACCCCCUUGAAGAACCGAAUGGCAAAUCUCCUCCAAACAUCUUCGUCAGUCUCAUCAGACAACACCUCCUCGGUCGACACGACGUCUCCACAACAGAGUCCUCGCGCAGCUACUUUGUUCACCAACAGCUGCGCUCUCAGCUUAGCCACGAUAUUUGGUGGGUUGCCCUUGGGGUCUUGUUCAUCUCCAUUGCCGAAUCGGAUCAUUUUAAAAAUGAACCGGUUUCCUACUCGACCUUCAACAUUAUAUUCGAGGUUGUCUCCGCCUACGGCUGCGUCGGUGUCAGUGUUGGUUAUCCCGGCAAGAAUUAUUCAUUCUGUGGGACCUGGCACCCCAUCAGCAAAUUGAUUCUGGCUGCCGUCACCUUGAGAGGACGUCAUAGAGGUCUGCCCGUCGCCAUCGACCAGGCUGUCAUGUUACCGGAUGAGUCUCUCGCUUGGGCAGAGGAGGAGGAUGCAGACCUUAGACGGGAGAAAGCUCGCUCAUUGGGUAUGGACAGGAUGCCCAUGGGAACUGCCUAG